AUGAGCUAUAAUCCUCCCAGUAAUAGUCCUAAAGACAUACCAACACUAUAUACAUCUCUAUUACAGUGGCCCAUGGGCUAUAAUCCUCCCAGUCACAGUCCUAUAGACAUACCGACACUAUAUACAUCUCUACUACCGCGACCAAUGAGCUAUAAUCCUCCCAGACACCGUCCUUUAGACAUACCGACACUAUAUACAUCUCUACUACAGCGGCCAAUGAGCUAUAAUCCUCCCAGACACCGUCCUUUAGACAUACCGACACUAUAUACAUCUCUACUACAGCGGCCAAUGAGCUAUAAUCCUCCCAGUCAUCAUCCUAUAGACAUACCGACACUAUAUACAUCUCUACUACAGCGACCGCAGAGAUAUAAUCCUCCCAGUCACCGUCCUUUAGACAUACCGACACUAUAUACAUCUCUACUACAGCGGCCAAUGAGCUACAAUCCUCCCAGUCACCGUCCUAUUGACAUACAGACACCAUAUACAUCUCUACUACAGCGACCGCAGAGAUAUAAUCCUCCCAGUCACCGUCCUUUAGACAUAACAACACUAUAUACAUCUCUACUACAGCGGCCAAUGAGCUACAAUCCUCCCAGUCACCGUCCUAUAGACAUACCGACACUAAAUAUAUCUCUACUACAGCGGCCGAUGAGCUAUAAUCCUCCCAAUCACCAUCCUAGAGACAUACCGACACUAUAUAUAUUUCUACUACAGUGGCCAAUGAGCUAUAAUCCUCCCUUUUACCAUCCUAUAGACAUACCGACACUAUAUAUAUCUCUACUACAGCGGCCAAUGAGCUACAAUCCUCCCAGUCACCGUCCUAUAGACAUACCGACACUAUAUACAUCUCUACUACCGCGGCCAAUGAGCUAUAAUCCUCCCAGUCACCGUCCUUUAGACAUACCGACACUAUAUAUAUCUCUUCUACAGCGGCCAAUGAGCUACAAUCCUCCCAGUCAUCAUCCUAUAGACAUACCGACACUAUAUACAUCUCUACUACAGCGGCCAAUGAGCUAUAAUCCUCCCAGUCACCGUCCUUUAGACAUACCGACACUAUAUAUAUCUCUUCUACAGCGGCCAAUGUUCUCAGGCUAUACCAUACAUAUUGUUUUGGGCAUGCAGCACACUUAG